AAAAUGCUGCGCCGGAGAAUGCGCGUAGACCAGAAGGUGAAAAUAAACAUUGCUUUUAUUAGGCUAUAUGUACUUUUCCUAUUUACCGGUAGACUAAAAUAAAUAAAAUGCCAAAGUGCGUAGCGCUUGGUUGUAGUUUCGUGUCAAAAAGCAACCAGAAAAGCGAAAUAAGUCUACAUUCUUUUCCGAGCGAUGAGCCGAGGAGAACGGAAUGGCAAAAAGCCUGUGGAAGAACACAGCUCCCAAUAGAUCCGCGUUUGUGUUCGCAACAUUUCCUCAAUGAUGCAUUUGAGUUCUGUUCUCGACCGCGGUUGCUAAAUAAGCUAAAACAACGUAAUAGUGGCUUUAAAAGCAAACUGAAACCAAGUGCUAUUCCGACCAUCUUUUACCACGAGUCAGCUAAAUCGCUAAAGCAGACGAGAGCUAGAGCAUGUCGUAAAAAACUGGAGACGCUCGAUGCUCCUCAGCUGGGAUGUAAACAACCCACCACAGCAUCUGAAUGUGGAACAUUGGACACAGAGGACAAUCACAAUUCCCCGGUUUAUUUUGCACUACCAUCCAGCCCCGGAAACAAGGCUUUACAAGUCAGCAUAACAACUAAUGCAUCCCCUGCUCUGGAGUCGACGAGAGUCUGUGGUGAAGGACGAGACAGGAAACCUCACUGUGUGGCUUACAGAUGUGGCAAAACCGCAGAAGAUGAUGUGACUUUGUUUAAAUUCCCCAAAGACACUGAGGAAUUUUGUAAAUGGGAGAGACAGGUCCAGCGGUCCAAACCUAACUGGAUUGCCUCGAUCCACUCCUACCUUUGCAGCGAUCAUUUUGGAAAAGAGUACUUUGAGCAUAGACAACCUUCCACUGACAUGAAACUAAAGUCGGGAGCUGUUCCUACAGUGUUUGUCCGUCCUUCCUGCUCCUCCUGCAGUGGAGUCGGCUGUAAAAACUGCCUGCCUGUGGGCCAGCACAAGGGCAUCAGCGAUGAGACAUGGGCUGAACACAGUGAAGAGCAACCCGAUCAGGUUGGAGGAGUUGAGGCGAAGAGGAGGAGAAAAAUGAAAACAAUCAAACCUGUACAUACGAAAGUGGUUUGUGAGAUGUGUGGAACAACGGGCACAUUCAACACAUUCUUUUCAAAGACCAAACGAUUCUGUAGUUUGUCUUGCUCUCGGUCCUAUUCAUCAAACUCUAAAAAGUCCUCCAUACUGGCUCGUCUGAAGGGAAAGCCUCUCUCCAGAAAAGCUAUUGUGUUGAAAAGGAUGAACAAAGCUCCUUCCACUCCAAACACCUUUUCCCAGGCUGGAUCUUCAGAAUUCGACUGGGGAAGCUACUUGGAAAAGGAAAAUUCCCUGGCUGUGCCCGUCUCCUGCUUCAGACACGCUCCACAGUGUUCCCAUUGGGAUGAUGUGACUGUAGGGAUGAAGGUGGAAGUUCUCAACACCAAUGCAGUCCUGCCCAGUAAAGUCUUCUGGAUCGCAACUGUUAUCCAGAUCGCUGGAUACAAAGCCCUGCUGAGAUAUGAAGGUUUUGAGGACGACAGCAGCCACGAUUUCUGGUCCUGCCUGAUCUCAGGAGAGCUGAAGCCCAUCGGGUGGUCGGCCAUGACUAGCAAACUGCUGGUGCCCCCUCAUGGUGAGGAUGGAAACUGCAAUCUGAGCUGGAGAAGAACCAUUACAGACUGGAAGGAAUACUUGAUGAAGAAGCUCGUGGGCAGCAGCACUCUGCCUGUUGACUUUUACCUGAAGUUGGCUGAGAGCAUGAAGACCCCUUUUAAGUUGGGCAUGCAGGUGGAGGUGGUGGAUCCUAAGCACGUGAGCCAAACCCGAGUCGCCAUUGUUGACACCAUCAUUGGAGGACGACUGCAACUGCUGUACCUGAACCGGGGGGACUCCAGCAGCGAGGUGGAGACAUCUGACUUCUGGUGCCACAUGUUGAGUCCACUGCUCCACCCUGUGGGCUGGUCUACAAAAGUGGGUCAUACCAUUAAGGAUACGGUUGCAGAUGGUGCAAAGUGUGGUUACAACAGUUGGAGUAUCUUUAAAAGGCCCAGGGUGGUCUUCAUGGAAGGAGGAUUCUUCAAAGAAGGGAUGAAGCUGGAGGUCAUCGACCCUCUGAACCUGGGGAACAUCUGCGUGGCCUCAGUACAAAAGGUUCUCUUGGACGGUUACCUGAUGAUCGGCAUUGACACAACUACGUCUGCCAGCAGCUCCGACUGGUUUUGUUACCACGCGUCCUCUCACGCCAUCUUUCCUGCUGGGUUUUGUAAAAAGAACGACAUCACUUUGACCGUGCCUGCAGGUUAUGACUCUCAGACCUUCAGCUGGGAAACAUACCUGAAAGAGAACAGAGCUGAAGCUGCACCUGCACGACUGUUCAACACAGACUAUCCAGGUCAUGGUUUUGCCGCCAACAUGAAGUUGGAGGCAGUGGACCUGAUGGAGCCACGUCUGGUGUGUGUGGCCACGGUGAAGCGCUGCGUCGGCCGUCUGCUGCUCAUCCACUUUGACGGCUGGGAGGAUGAGUUUGACCAGUGGUUCGAUCACCAGUCUCCAGACAUUUACCCCGUGGGCUGGUGUGACCUGGUGGGCUACCAGCUUCAGCCUCCUCCAGGUCUUGUUGCAUUGAACACACAGCAGGCGGUGCGGACCAAGAAAUGCAGGCAGUAUAUCAGAAAAAAGAGAAGACGGUGUGGCAGGAAGAGUGUUACUGAUGAAACUGCUAAAGGUGGUGCUGGGCAGGUGUCAAAGGUCACUGGCAUUUUGAGUUCUUCAGGGUCAGGAGACUUUAGCCCACCUCCCAAUAUGUUGUUAGUUCAACCAAAGGCUGAGCCAGAGGAACAGGAAGUCUUCUCUGUGUGUGUCAAGGUGGAGGAGAUGGAGACGGAGAUAGCCAUCGAGCCUCCAAAGAGCCCUGUGCAGGUCUAUCCAGGUGUGGUCAAAAAGGAGGAAGUGGAGCGGAGUACAUCAGAAGAACAUGAGAAGUUUGAAGAGGACUGCUCUUCAAAUGUAGUGUGUGUGAAGAAGAACCCAGAGGAGGCAGAAGAACCUGAGGAGCAGGCACCGUGGGAGGAGCAGAGUGAGAAUGAUGAAGAUAUGGACCACCAGGUGCUGGACCAGAGAGUACAUGAGGAGAGCUGUUCUGAGCAGCAGAGACUGGAGGAAUAAAACAACUGAGUACAAAUGUGAAAAUAGAACACACUGUAUUUCUAGAAAAGUUGGUUCACUAAAUAAAAUACAUUUACUAUAAAUUAGAUUAAAAAGGAUCAAACAUA